AGUGACCGGGUGCAUACACUCAGUUCCAGCUGUUUCAUGGCUGACGAUGCGAAUAUUCGACAAGAGAUUCUCAACAAGACUCUUCAAGAGGUAGCGCUUGAGGAUGAAGAUGGCUCGACGAGUCCUUGCGUCAUAUGCUUAGAUGCGGUCAGUGAGCCGGCCAUCGCUAUACCGUGCAAACAUGACAAUUUCGAUUUUUUGUGUCUUGCGAGCUGGCUACUGCAGCGCCGUGUAUGUCCUUUGUGUAAAACAGAGUUAACAGCAAUCAAGUACGAUCUUCAAUCGCCCGAAGGUCCGAAGCUUUAUAUACUUCCGUCACAUCCUGAAGGACGCACCGUCGCAGAUCCUCAUAUACCCCGAGGAGGAUACUUUAACAGGCAACGUCCUCGACGUAGACCAUUCCAGCACCGAGUUCCGUACAUCCCGGACACCGAAGACGCAUUGGCGCGACGUCGCCACAUCUAUCGCAACCAGCUAUUCUCACUCCGCGUAGGCUCCAACCGCCUUUCCCAAUACCGCGAACUUACCCCCGAACUAUUCAACCGCGACGAAAAUCUAGUCUCUCGAGCCCGGAAAUGGAUCAGACGCGAACUACAAGUCUUCGAAUUCCUGAACCCAGACGGAACUGAAGAAUCGCACGGCAGACCCUCAAGACCAGGCGAACAAAGACUCCAAAAUCGACGAGCCAACAAUGCAGAAUUCUUACUGGAAUAUAUAAUCGCCAUCUUGCGUACCGUGGACAUCAAGGGAAGUGCAGGACAGGCAGAGGAGCUUUUACAGGAGUUUAUUGGAAGGGCGAAUGCGCGCUUGUUUUUGCACGAGUUAAAUUCGUGGUUGAGGAGUCCGUAUAAUUCUUUGCCGGAUUGGGAUCGGAAUGUGCAAUAUCGUGACACUAGUGGGAGCACGAGUACGAGCAGAUCUGUCUCCGUGGCGGGUGAUGCUGUAGAUUCGGCUUCUGAUCGUCGAUCUGCGUCUGGCUCGCCUCGGGUUGAGAUGGGUAGGGUGGUUAAACAUCGUCGGCAAAAUGAGGGGGACCGAUAUCAGCGUGAUGACCCUGCAGCCAGGGCAAGGCGCUUGCAGCACGCCCGACAAAGAUAUCAGCCUGACUAG